GAGCGCUCGCCCGCCGAGCUGCCCGCUGAGGCCAUGCUGCGCCCCCGGCGCCCCGGGCGCCCCGCCGGCGCCCGCCUGCUCCCGCUCCCGCCGCUGCUGCUGCUGCUGCCGCUGCUGCUGCCCGGAGGCCACGCGGGGAACCUGACGGUGGCCGUGGUGCUGCCGCUGGCCAACACCUCGUACCCGUGGUCGUGGGCGCGCGUGGGGCCGGCGGUGGAGCUGGCGCUGGCCCGGGUGAGGGCGCGGCCCGACUGGCUGCCCGGCUGGACGGUGCGCACGGUGCUGGGCAGCAGCGAGAACGCGCGGGGCGUCUGCUCCGACACGGCCGCGCCGCUGGCCGCCGUGGACCUCAAGUGGGAGCACAGCCCCGCCGUGUUCCUGGGCCCCGGCUGCGUGUACGCCGCAGCCCCCGUGGGGCGCUUCACGGCGCACUGGCGGGUGCCGCUGCUGACGGCCGGCGCGCCGGCGCUGGGCUUCGGGGCCAAGGACGAGUACGCGCUGACCACCCGCGCGGGGCCCAGCCACGCCAAGCUGGGGGACCUGGUGGCGGCGCUGCACCGACGGCUGGGCUGGGAGCGCCAGGCGCUCGUGCUCUACGCGUACCGGCCCGGCGACGACCAGCCCUGCUUCUUCGUGGUGGAAGGCCUGUACGUGCGCCUGCGCCACCGCCUCAACGUCACGGUGGACCACCUGGAGUUCGCCGAAGGCGACCCCCAGCACUACUCCCUGCUGCUGCGGACCGUGAGGCGCCAAGGCCGAGUUAUCUACAUAUGCAGCUCCCCAGAUGCCUUCAGAACUCUGAUGCUUUUAGCCCUGGAAGCCGGCCUGAGUGGGGAGGACUAUGUGUUUUUCCACCUGGACCUCUUUGGACAAAGCCUGCAAGGUGCACACGGUCUUGCUUCCCACAGGCCCUGGGAGAGAGGCGAUGGGCAGGAUGCCAGUGCCCAGCAGGCCUUUCGGGCCGCCAAAAUCAUCACGUAUAAAGAGCCGGACAACCCUGAGUACUUCCAAUUCCUGCAGCAGCUAAAACACUUGGCCCAGGAGAAGUUCAACUUCACCCUUGAGGACGGCCUGAUGAACACCAUCCCAGCGUCCUUCCACGAUGGGCUCCUGCUCUACAUCCAGGCAGUGACAGAGACUCUGGCACAUGGGGGAACCUUCACUGAUGGGGAGGCCGUCACUCAGCGGAUGUGGAACCGGAGCUUCCAAGGGGUGACAGGAUACUGGAAAAUGGACAGCAACGGAGAUCGGGAGACCGACUUCUCCCUCUGGGAUAUGCAUCCUGAGACUGGCACUUUCAGGGUGGUUCUGAACUACAACGGGAUCUCCCGAGAGCUGGUGGCCGUGCCGGGGCACGAACUAAGCUGGCCCCUGGGCCACCCACCUCCUGACAUCCCCAAAUGUGGCUUUGACAACGAGGACCCGGCUUGCAACCAAGACCACUUUUCCACGCUGGAAGUUCUGGCCGUGGUGGGCAGCCUCUCCCUGCUCAGCAUUCUGACCGUCUCCUUCUUCAUAUACAGGAAGAUGCAGCUCGAGAGGGACCUGGCCUCAGAGCUGUGGCGGGUGCGCUGGGAGGACGUGCAGCCCAGCAGCCUCGACCGGCACCUCCGGAGUGCAGGCAGCCGGCUGACGCUCAGCGCGAGAGGCUCCAAUUACGGCUCCCUGCUGACCACAGAGGGCCAGUUCCAAGUGUUUGCCAAAACGGCAUAUUAUAAGGGCAACCUCGUGGCUGUGAAGCGUGUGAACCGUAAACGCAUCGAGCUGACUCGUAAGGUGCUGUUCGAACUGAAGCAUAUGCGGGAUGUACAGAACGAACACCUGACCAGGUUUGUGGGUGCCUGCACUGACCCCCCCAACAUCUGUAUCCUCACGGAGUACUGUCCCCGUGGGAGUUUGCAGGACAUUCUGGAGAAUGAGAGCAUCACCUUGGACUGGAUGUUCCGAUACUCUCUUACCAAUGACAUCGUCAAGGGUAUGCUGUUCCUGCACAAUGGGGCCAUUUGCUCUCAUGGCAACCUCAAGUCUUCCAACUGUGUGGUGGACGGGCGCUUCGUGCUCAAGAUCACUGACUUCGGGCUGGAGAGCUUCAGGGACCCGGAACCAGAGCAAGGCCACACCCUCUAUGCCAAAAAGUUGUGGACAGCCCCUGAGCUCCUGCGAAUGGCCUCACCCCCUGCCCGGGGCUCCCAGGCAGGUGACGUGUACAGCUUUGGAAUCAUCCUUCAGGAGAUUGCCCUGAGGAGUGGCGUCUUCCAUGUGGAGGGUUUGGACCUUAGCCCCAAAGAGAUCGUGGAGCGUGUGACUCGGGGUGAGCAGCCCCCCUUCCGGCCCUCCCUGGCCCUGCAGAGUCACCUGGAGGAGCUGGGGCAGCUGAUGCAGAGGUGCUGGGCUGAGGAGCCGCAGGAACGGCCCCCCUUCCAGCAGAUUCGCCUGAUGCUGCGCAAGUUCAACAGGCCUGGCCUUCUCCACUGCCCUGCACAGGGGCUGACAUGGCAGCCUGGGUCUGGUGAGCUGGGGAGGGCGCUCUGGGCAGCUCUCUCACCGCCUCUGCCCUGCUCCCGGGGCCUCAGGGAGCACAGCAGCAACAUCCUGGACAACUUGCUGUCCCGCAUGGAGCAGUAUGCCAACAACCUAGAGGAGCUGGUGGAGGACAGGACCCAGGCCUACCUGGAGGAGAAGCGCAAGGCCGAGGCCCUGCUCUACCAGAUUCUGCCCCACUCAGUGGCUGAGCAGCUCAAGCGUGGGGAGACGGUCCAGGCUGAAGCCUUCGACAGUGUUACCAUCUACUUCAGCGACAUUGUGGGCUUCACGGCCCUGUCGGCAGAGAGCACGCCUAUGCAGGUGGUGACCCUGCUCAAUGAUCUGUACACCUGCUUUGAUGCCGUCAUAGACAACUUUGAUGUGUACAAGGUGGAGACCAUUGGCGAUGCCUACAUGGUCGUGUCGGGGCUCCCCGUGCGGAACGGGCUGCUGCACGCCCGCGAGGUGGCCCGCAUGGCCCUGGCGCUUCUGGAUGCUGUGCGCUCCUUCCGCAUCCGCCACCGGCCCCAGGAGGAGCUGCGCUUGCGAAUCGGUGUCCACACAGGACCCGUGUGCGCCGGCGUGGUAGGGCUGAAGAUGCCUCGCUACUGCCUCUUCGGAGACACAGUCAACACCGCCUCCAGGAUGGAGUCUAACGGGGAAGCCCUGAAGAUCCACUUGUCUUCUGAGACCAAGGCCGUCCUGGAAGAGUUUGGUGGUUUCGAGCUGGAGCUUCGAGGGGACGUAGAAAUGAAGGGCAAAGGCAAAGUGCGGACCUACUGGCUCCUAGGGGAGCGGGGCGGUAGCACUCGAGGCUGACCUGCCCCCCCCCCCACCUUGGCCUUCUACACCCCCUUCCCUGCACCAGAGGCAACAGAGAGGUUCCAGGUCCUGGCCUCACUCACAGCAGCCCCACCGCUGCCAAAGGGAUCGGAGAAGUAGUUUGAACAACCCAAACGUGCUAACCCCAGUGGAGACACCAGAUGUGACCUCUGGUGGAGGACUGGUGUUGGGGAGGACUCGGAGUUCAUGGGACUGGACCAAAGCACACAGUCAUAUCCAGUGGCACACGCAGACGAGUGUACCCACUCUCCACCCGGACUCAAGCCAGGCUAGGGUGUGGACUCCACUUUGAGACACUGUGACUUCUAUGGGGAGGGGGAAGAGCCACUUUAGAGGUAACAGGAAAGGGGACUACAGGUGAAUCUAGGCGGUGAGGGGAGUCCACAUCUAGGCCCAACCCACAUGGGCCACAAACACCCCCCCCAUACUCCCCCCAGCACUGAGC